GCCGCCUCUCUGCUGCUGCCGGCCCAGCGCUCACAGACUCCCUCGUAGCUCAGAACCGCCAUUUUGGAGACAGCGAGCGGAGAGCCGGCAGCCGUUGAGAGAGUGAGAGAAAAGGGGACACGGGGCUGAGGCACUGUCUAUACUUCCGAUUUCUAUUCGCCAUACUGGAAUAUUGGAAAUGACGAAAAGUAUAUCACAUUUUCAUAAGUGAGCGUUUGCGCCCGGGAGUGGGUCAGAGCCACGACCCCUAUGGCCGCUGAGCCGGGUGGAGAGGAAGAUGGCGUCUGCUCUAAGCUGGCCAGGCCGCUCCACCUGCAGUACCUGGAGAGAUCCCUCCGGCUGGACGCCUUCCUGCGCCAAACUGCCACCCUCUUCAACAAAGACCUGUCCAGUGAUGAGAGUGACGACGGUUCUGGGGAGGGCCCCUCACUGGCCCCCCUGGACCCCCAGUCCCCCCUGCAGAGGCCCAAGGAGGAGCCCCUGGACCCGGCAGACUGUGGGGUGGUGGGCGGCCCCGGUGUGCUGGUUGAAAACAGUGCCCUCAAUGGAGCUCUGCUUCUGGAGCAUAAACCAGACAAGGCCAGUCUGUACAACUUCUCCAAACUGAAGAAGAGCAGGAAAUGGCUCAAGGGGAUCCUGCUGAGCGACAACACCACGGACUCAGACUCGGACACGGACUCGGACGACUCGGACUUCUCCCUGUCCCGGGACGAGCUGCAGGACAUGCUGCGGCUGCACAAGUUCACCAAGCUGCACCAGAGCCGGUUCCACUCGGACCGCGAGCUGCAGCAGUACCAAUACUACAGUGUGGGUCUCCUGUCCUCCCAUGACCCGUUUUACGAGCAACAGCGCCACCUGCUGGGGCCCCGGAAGAAGAAGAUCAAAGAGGAGAAGAAGCUGAAAGCCAAACUUAAGAAGGUGAAGAAGAAGAGGAAAAGGGGGGAAGAUUUCUCCGGAGAAGGGCGCCCCUACCUCACCAAAAUCUUCGCAAAGUUCUCCCACGACGCCCCUCUGCCCAUGUCCAAGAAGAAGCACCUGACCAUUGAGCAGCUCAACGCCCGUAGGCGAAAGGUCUGGCACACCAUCGCCAAAAAGGAAAACCCCAAGGCUUUCAAACAGAAGGCUUCCGCCCGGAACUUUGUUUUAACCAACGCCAAAAAGCUGGCGCACCAGUGCAUGCGGGAGGUUCGGCGGGCGGCGAUGCAGGCGCAGAAGAGCUGCAGGGAGACGUUGCCGCGGGCGCGGCGCCUCACCAAGGAGAUGCUGCUGUACUGGAAAAAGUACGAGAAGGUGGAGAAGGAGCACCGCAAGAGGGCCGAGAAGGAGGCGCUGGAGCAGCGCAAGCUGGACGAGGAGAUGAGGGAGGCCAAAAGGCAGCAGAGGAAGCUGAACUUCCUGAUCACACAGACGGAGCUCUAUGCCCAUUUCAUGAGCGGGAAGAACAACGCCGGGGCUGAUGGCAUGCAGGAGGACAUCCUGAGCAAGCUGGAGGACAGCUCUACGCACCGGCAGAUUGACAUCGGCGGAGGCGUGAUGGUCAACGUCGGCCAGGAAGACUACGAUAGCGACUACUACAAGUCUAAGGCCCUGAGGAAUGCCAAAGAGGCCUACCAAAUCCACCAGGCCAGAACCAGGCUGUUCGACGAGGAGGCCAAGGACAGCCGCUGCGCCUCCCUGCGGGUCGCCACUGACUCCACGUCCGGCUUCGGCGAGAGCUACAGCCUCUCCAACCCCUCCAUCAGCGCCGGGGAGGACAUCCCCCAGCCCACCAUCUUCAACGGGAAGCUCAAGGGCUACCAGCUCAAGGGCAUGAACUGGCUGGCCAACCUGUAUGAGCAGGGUAUAAAUGGCAUCCUGGCAGAUGAAAUGGGCCUGGGGAAGACGGUCCAAAGCAUUGCCCUUCUGGCGCACCUGGCAGAGAGGGACAACAUCUGGGGCCCCUUUUUGAUCAUCUCCCCCGCCUCCACGCUCAACAACUGGCACCAGGAGUUCACCCGCUUCGUCCCCAAAUUCAAGGUCUUGCCAUACUGGGGAAACCCGCAUGACCGCAAGGUCAUCCGCAAGUUCUGGAGCCAGAAAACCCUGUACACUCAGGACGCCCCGUUCCACGUGGUGAUCACCAGCUACCAGCUGGUGGUUCAGGACGUGAAGUACUUCCAGCGGGUGAAGUGGCAGUACAUGGUGCUGGACGAGGCCCAGGCUCUGAAGAGCAGCACCAGCGUACGCUGGAAGAUCCUGCUGCAGUUCCAGUGCAGGAACCGCCUGCUGCUCACUGGGACGCCCAUCCAGAACACCAUGGCUGAGCUGUGGGCGCUGUUGCACUUCAUUAUGCCCACGCUCUUCGACUCCCAUGAAGAAUUCAACGAGUGGUUCUCCAAAGACAUCGAGAGUCACGCGGAGAACAAGUCUGCCAUCGAUGAGAACCAGCUCUCCCGCCUCCACAUGAUUUUGAAGCCCUUCAUGUUGCGGCGGAUUAAAAAGGACGUGGAGAACGAGCUCUCUGACAAGAUUGAGAUCCUCAGGUACUGCAUGCUCACGGGGCGGCAGAGGCUGCUGUACCAGGCCUUGAAGAACAAGAUCUCCAUCGAGGACCUGCUGCAGUCCUCCAUGGGCUCCGCUCAACAGGCCCACAACACCACCAGCAGCCUCAUGAACCUCGUCAUGCAGUUCCGCAAGGUGUGUAACCAUCCGGACCUGUUUGAGCGGCAAGAGACCCGGUCGCCGUUCCACAUGUCCCUCAGACCCUACAUCAUGUCCAAGUUCCUGUUCCGUCAGGGUCUGCUCACCGCCUGCAGCCAGUGGCGCACCAGACUCCUACAGGUCCUGCUGUCUCCCUUCUCCCCCCACCACAUUCAGCAGUCUCUGUUCCACAGGAAAGCCAACGACGAGGGCAGCUGUUUCUCUUUCCUGCGAUUUGUUGAUGUGUCGCCGGCCGAAAUGUCCAACUUGAUGCUUCAAGGGACGUUGGUCAGGUGGCUAGCACUUUUCCUGACCCUGAAGUCCUCCUACCGGCUCCACCAGCGGCGCCUGUGGGCCCAGGGGCGAAACGGCGCGGAGGGCUCUUCGCGCUACCUCUCCCGCCGCGACCUGAUCCUGUGGCCCGACUCGCCCACCUCCUUCCCCAACACGCAGCACAGCUCCGUCCUACAGGACCUGGUGUUCACCCGCCACCGGCCCGGCGUGACCGGACACGCAGACGUCUACCUGCACCGGAGACGGGCGGCGGCCUCCAGCCCGCUGCCCUGCCAGCCUACCGAGCCCCCAAAAUUCCUCUUCGCCUCCGUCCCAAGGGUGACGGGGGUCCCCAUGGAACGCUACUGCGCUGACCGCAGCGCAGAGUACGAGUGGCGGGCGGCCAGGGAUGGAGGGAGCGUGGCCGCCAAGCAGUGCUUCCUGUACGGGACCCCACAGCUGGCCACCGCCUGGGCCGGACGCACCCAGGCCUUCUUCCCAGAAGCCCCUGGGGGAAUGAUGGCCAUUUACCCUCGACAUGGCUGGUCCUUCAUCAGGAUUCCCGAUAAGGAGACUCUGAUCACGGACAGUGGGAAGCUCCACAUGCUGGAUCUGCUGCUGACUCGCCUCAAGUCCCAGGGCCACAGAGUCCUCAUCUACUCCCAGAUGACCCGAAUGAUCGAUCUGCUGGAGGAGUACAUGGUUUACCGGAAGCACACCUACAUGCGGCUGGACGGAUCCUCCAAGAUCUCGGAGCGUCGGGACAUGGUGGCUGACUUCCAGAGCAGGACAGACAUCUUCGUUUUCCUCCUGAGCACGCGGGCCGGGGGCCUCGGCAUCAACCUGACCGCCGCUGACACUGUGAUAUUCUACGACAGCGACUGGAACCCCACAGUGGACCAGCAGGCCAUGGACCGGGCUCACCGGCUGGGCCAGACCAAGCAGGUGACCGUGUACCGGCUCGUCUGCAAGGGGACCAUCGAGGAGCGCAUCCUGCAGCGGGCCAAGGAGAAGAGCGAGAUCCAGAGGAUGGUGAUCUCGGGGGGGAACUUUAAGCCGGACACUCUCAAACCCAAAGAGGUGGUGAGCCUACUGCUGGACGAUGACGAGCUGGAGAAGAAGUUGCGUCUCAGGCAGGAGGAGAAGAGACAGCAGGAGGAGUGCAGUAAAGUGAAGGACCGGAAGAGGAAGAGAGAGAAAUACGCAGAGAAGAGGAAGAAGGAGGACGACGUGGACUCCAAGAAGAGGAGGGAGGGAGUGAACAUGGUCAUCCCCUUCGCCCCGUCGGCCGACAACUCCAACCUGUCCGCUGACGGAGACGACUCCUUCAUCAGCGUGGACAUGGACUCCGCCAUGCCCAGCCCCUUCAGCGAGAUCUCCCUGAGCAGCGAGCUGCAGCCGGGCUCCAUCCCGGCGGACGAGAGCAGCAGCGACAUGCUGGUCAUCGUAGAUGACCCGGUCUCCUCUGCCCCGCAGUCCCGCGCCACCACCUCCCCCGCCUCCAUCACAGGCUCUGUCUCUGACACCAUGAACGGCGUGUCCACCGCCCAGGACACCUCCAGCCCGGGGCGAGGGCGGUCCGGACGGAGCCGCGGCCGGCCCAAGGGCUCCGGAGGGGGCGGGAAGUCCGCCGGGAAGGGCCGGAGCCGCAAGUCGACGGCGGGAAGCGCGGCCGCCAUGGCGGGAGCCAAGGCCGGGGCGGCGGCGGCCUCAGCAGCGGCGUUCGCUGCCUACGGCUACAGCGUCUCCAAAGGUAUACCAGCAUCCAGUCCCCUGCAGGCCUCCCUGGGCCGCUCCUCGGCCACGCCCGCCUUCGUGCCGAGCGGCACCUCGUCCCCCCACACUAAGGGCGGCGCUGUUCCCGCCGGCUCUCAGACGCUAAGCCAUAGCAGGGCGCACCACCCCCACAACCCCUCCCGGAAGGGCAAAGGGCCAUCGGGGGCACGAUAGCGCACAAACGCACCCCAGCCUUCCUCUCCCCAACAGCUUUUGUCCCCUGUAUACUCCCAACAGAAAUCAAUAUAGACAAGCAACCUGCCCUGCAGUAUAGAGUUAAUUUUCUUUAAUUGUAUAAAGAUUAAUAUACUUGUGCCAAAACCGGCUGUAAACAUUAAUUCUCAAAAAAAAAAAAAAACGCACAAUAAUCAUUACUUCCCGGAGGGCAACGGCUGCUGCAUGGACCGCGGUGCAGGGAUGCGGUGUGAAAUUAAAACCUUGUCGAACGCAGCGUCCGGUGGGUACUUCAGCACUAGCGUUCAAAUCUCCAUAGCAACGACGCGCUGUUGACAUCGCCGCGCCUGAGCGCUUGCAUUGUGAAGCCAGCUGCCGCGUGGCUCGCAGCGGGGAGUUGUAUUGCGAUCUCGACGCGUUAGAGAACCCAGUUUCUUUGUGAAGACGCAAGUCAUCGGUCAAGGGCUAAACAAAGCUAAAACCCAGAUGGACUGUACCAGUCUAUACCUGUCAGGAAAGCACCACGUGUGUAUAGCUUGUGUUCAUCUGCAGAGGUGGUUGAAAAUGUUUUCAACAAUCUGAGCCUUCUUAACUGUUUACAGGAUCGGGCCUGUCGAGUUGGCUGACUCCGCCUUCAUGCCAUUUUAGCUUGUGUAUUGCCCAAUUAUAUGGUUUGAUUUUUUUAAAUGUUGUAGAAAGGAUCCUAACCAAUAUACCUGCACUUGACUUGUGUGAACAAAGUAAAAAUCUGAUCCAGACUGUAACAUGGUUGUAUCAAGAGUACCACAGUACAUAAUCUUUAUCUCAUAUUGUCACAACCUAAAAAAUGCUUUCAGUUAGUCAGUAUGCUCUUCAGGAAGGUCAAGUCAUUUAUGAGAUACGGUAUACUUCACAAUUAGCUUCAUUCCUGUAGUAUAGGUCUGUUGGCCAGUGAAAGAACAUUACACAAAAAUGACUGCUUUUGUAUUCUUGGUCAUAUUUUUCUAAAACCAAUUUGAUGUUAGUGCACUCACAUCGACAUUGAAAAAAUCUCAUGUAAGAAAGUUUUAAACAGCAAAUGUUUUGAGAAGCCUUCUCUUGAUAUUGUUAAUAUCUGGGCUUACAUAUAUUUUGUCUGUGGAAGAAAAUACGUUUUGCCAUCGUUUUGUAGUAAAUUAAAUGUAAAUGUUUUUGACUGAAUGGUGAACAUUGCUUGAUAAGUACAUGUUGCUAAUAUAAUUGUCAAAAGAAUGACAGUCCACUGAGACUCAAAAUGCUUAGAUGCACACUGUAUCAUAGCCUAAGUUAAAAUAUGGUAAAUUAUGAUUUUGAACAAUGUAAAUUGUAUUGAAACCAUUUUAUUUUUAAACGGGGCCAGGGGUAAAGUGAAAGUGAGCGAUCCGUUGUUAUUUCUGACAUCCGUUAAUAGUAUCAUAGCAGAGAGAGGGAGUGGUCCCAAAAGCAACACACACAAAAAAGCACUGCACACAAUUAUCUGGUUUGCUUUGUAUGAGUAUAGCAUGGUGCAGUCAGUCAGUGUAAAUAGCCUGCAGGAGAUUCUGUCUCUUAAAUGUUUUUUCCCCUUUCUUUGUCUAUUUUUAUAGUUAAUUGUGUAAAUAUUGAGAAGAAAAGGUUCUUUUACUAACUGGAGAAGCAAAUUGAAAAUAAAGAGUGCUAGAGAUUUCA